CCAGAUCCAGUCAGAUAACUCUGAACCUGUUGAGAGAAAUUACUCCACAGUUUUGUCUCAGUUUCUGUACGAUUUCACACAGUGACGAUUUAGUUGUAUCUUUCUCAUAACUAAUGGCGGCGUGUAAAACUUUAAACACCUUCCUGCAACAGCUGAGGAAACAGUUCAGCGAUUGCAUUGAUCCACCUGAAAGCCACAGCCGUCAGUCCAGAAUAGCAGACAUAGAAAGGGCUGAGAGAGCCGAGAGGGAAGCGCUGAUCCACCAAGCAGAGAGGCUGUGCUCAUCACAGGAAGCCCACAAGAACGCUGUUCUAGAGAGACUGGGGCUCUCCAUCCAGCAGGACAACCUCCCCUCACCUCACCCCCCAGCUUCCCCAAGAUGCAGGCCUGAAUCCUCUCUGCCAGGACGGAGGAUCAGGCCCAUUGUGAACCUGCCUCCUUUAAAGUUGGAGGAGAAGAACCCCGGCAGGAAGUCCGGCACCAACCAACUGCUGGACGAGGAUGACCCCUUUUUUGAGCAGAAGCUGCGUCUGGGCAGUCACAUGGCAAUACUCGCCUGCAAGCUGGCUAAAGUAACAGCCAGAAACAAAAGUCCAAGCCCAGACGGCUCUGUGAUCUCCGUGGACUCCCUCAACACUGUGGACACACACACUACCAGUGAGCUGAGGGCCAUUUCAAAGUUGGGAAGCCCUGUUACACCGCGCUUCACCCCAAAUCCUCCAAAGAUGGCAGCAACCAUGAAGAAAUCCUGUCUCCCACCCAGAGCAGGCACGAAGGUAGCUGAUGAAUGCCCGCGCCAGUCAGCUACAAUCAAAGUAAAGAAGACUGUGGAGACACUGGAGCAAUGCCAGCUUGUCCGCCGUCCACCACAUCAGCCUGCAGUGCCUCCCAAAAGAACCACUUUGGCUCCAGUACCACCAUCAGCAGCUGUUCCAGCCAAAACAAGAGGACCGAGACGUGGGACAAACCUCCGCCCUCCCAAGGCUGACCGUGGACAGGUUAAGGAUGACAUCAAGCCUUUGGCCAAAGCUUCAGAGAGUCUGUCUCUCUGUUUCAGGCAGCUUGCCUCAGAAGACUGGGAGAAGAAAAUGGAGGGGCUUAAAACAGUUCGAGCUCUGGCAAGAUAUCACCCAGAGCUACUGCAGCCCAAACUGCAUGAGAUCUGCCUGAUCCUUGAAGAAGAGGUGAAAAACCUGCGCUCCUCUGUAGCCUGUGCUGCCAUGGACAGCAUCGCAGAGCUCCACCUUCGCCUCGGAAAGGCCAUGGACCCUGAGUCAGACAGGACAGGCCGCGCCCUGCUGCUGAAGCUGGCACAGACCACCAGCACCUUCAUUCACCAGCAGGCAAACCUCGCCCUAGACGCCCUGGUGGAGGGCUGCAGCCCAAGCAGAGUCGUGAGCGCUCUACUCAACACAGGAUUGAGCCACCGUUGUGCUGCAGUGAGAGCGAGCACUGCGCAGCACCUCCAUCAACUGGCCACCAUCAUUGGCGUGGAUCAGACGUUGACUGCAGGGAAGACCUUUGCAGAACGUUUUGUUAGCGCUGUCACAAAGAUGACUGUGGAUGCUGCACCAGAAGUCAGGCUCCAUGGAAUGAAGAUGCUGGAGGGACUUGUCCACCAGAGAGACUUUAUGGCCCUGUGGGAUAAGGUUGUCCCUGUGAAGGACCGACGGCCACUGGAGAAAAUUUUAAAGAAGAUGAGGCAGUAGGGGGUGAGGUGACACCAUGGUUGCGGUAAUGAUAAUCAUUUACCAUCAUAUCGCCUUACAACACUGUGUGGAAUUUGUAUUGUGCUGCCUCUCCACCCCCUCCUCUCCCCUCCUCCUCCACCACCACCACCACCCCCCAUCCCCUCCCUCUCUUCCCCCUCUUUCCCCCACAACCCAACCGGUCCAGGCAGAUGGCCGCCCACUGUGAGCCCGGGUUCUGCUCAAGGUUUCUGCCUGUUAAAAGGCAGUUUUUCCUUGCCACUGUCGCCAAGUGCAUGCUCAUGGUGGGAUCUGUUGGGUAUCAUAAAGAGCUCUGUCUGAACCUGCUCUUUAUGAAAAGUACAGAGUGCUGAUAAGAACUAUGGAAAUAAAAUUGGACUAUGUGAAUAAACCUAUUACUGUU